UUUCGAACAUCGUGAGCAAGAUUAUUGCCGAAGUUUAAUGAAGAAAGAUUUACGUAUCAUGGCCAAUCAGCAAUCACAUGAACCACAAUAUUCUACGUCCAUGAGUAAAAGUGGUCUUAGUCCAGAAGAGACAAAGGAGCUGAUAAACAGCCACACAAGCAGUGUAUUCGCUGAAUUACAAAUUACAGAGGAGGUUAAAAAGAUAAUCGAAGAUUGUAAAAAUGAUGUGAUAUGGAAGCUGUCUUAUUCCAUAAACAAGGAUGGAAAUAUGCAUAAAGGUCGACGUUCUGCUGAACUCUGGAAAGAGCUUGGUGUAAUACCCGCUCCAACUUCCGACGGCCAGGGAGCCCCGAGUCCAUUAAAAGUUAAAGAGCAAGGUUUGGACGAAGGGCUGACAAGUGUAGAAGAAAGCGCGCAAAGUUACAUAACCCAUCUCAGCCAGACAAAAGAUAAUUCCCAAAUGAAAUUGUUUACAUGGUUACAUAAAAAAGGGUUGCUGGGGUUUAAAUGCGACGACGUCAAAGGUGUUCUUUUGAAAGAAAAUGGAGAAAGGCUCAAAUGUGUGGAGCUUUGCGACGCUCUCGACGAGACAGCAAAGAAAAUCGUGUGUACAUACGUGAGUGAUUCACGCGCUGGAUCAGCUACAGGAAAACACGAACUUCAAACUGAAUACGAGGAGCCGCAAAGGCAAUGCCUAAUAGUUGCGAUCUUUCGAAUUGCUACAGCAAUACUACAGAAAGAUAACAUUUUUUCGGAUAAGGGAUACAAGCAAUGGAAAAAACAUUUGUGGAUGAUAGCCUCGUUUGCAACGUUGAACAUUGCACUAGAUUUGUUUAAAAACUAAAAGCCAUUUUUUUGGUUAAAAACGUUUAUCUUGUGCUUUUUUACUUAAGUUUAGAUUCGAUUUUAACAUAAUAACCGGCGUAAUUCUUCAAGGCUAUGUUACCUAAAGCUGUCAAGAAUAUUAAAGAAUGUUUUGUUUACGGUUGAUUUUCAGUACCGAUUUGCAGGUGCCGUGGCUCAAGAAUUAAACGCUAGCAUGCGCCUGCCGCGUUCUUGCACGCGGGUUCGAUCGAAUCCCCUCCGGGCUACUUUUUCCCCUCCGGUCAUUUAGUACAUUUUGGGAUGUGACCGGCUGCCCGUCAAAUAGUCACAGGCCUUUAUAUGUAUGUAAUGAUUAAUACGAAAUGUUAAGGCAAGUAGUAAACUUUUGUUUGUACGGCUCAAUACGCAUGAUAUAGUCAACAAACCAUGUGCUUU